AUGAACACCGACGCCACCAACACCGCAAAUCCCUGGCUCCAAAUCGCCCACCUUGGCAACGAGAACGCUGCUUUGCACGAGCAGCACAUGGAGACUGCCGCAGAGAUAGACGGCAUCCUGGUCCAACAAGCUGAGAGGAGAGAGGAGCUCUCGAGUCUGGAGAAGAGGAUGGAGGAAGUGAAGGAGGAGUUGAGAGGCUUGGACAGCAGGUUGGUGGCGAGGAAGCUAUCGGCCGGGCAGAUUGGGGAGGAGAUGAGGGUGAACUCGGAGCGGUUGGCGGAGUUGCAGCGCAGGGUUUCGGGAGCUGGAGAGGCUGGGCAGGGUGGUGAUGGCUUGAGAGAGGGCGAGGAUGGGCGCGGUGAGGGAGGAGGUAUUGGGGGUGCUGGCGUGACUCCGGUCGAAGGUCGUGGUGCUUCUGCUGAGGUUGUGCCCACGGGGCAGCAGGGUGAGGUCGGAGUCAAGGGGGAGGAGGAGGAAGACAGCUUUGAGGAUAUCCUUGGGACCGGGAACACCUACAACCGGCAGUCCUCUCUCAUGGACAACUCUGGCACGACUUCUUCCCGAGAAUCGGCACUAUCAGACAGUGCCACCAUGCCAAGCAACUCCUCUCGCCGGCCAUCACAACCACGACCAGAGGCACGGUCGCUUCCUGGGCCGAAAGCUCGCCAACCCUUUCCCGACGGCAAGCCUCGACCACCAAAGAGAGCAGCGUAUCUCUCGUCAUUCUCACCGUACGCUGCCGCCGCCAUUGAAGCCGGCCACUAUGGUCCAAGACAUCUGCGACCUGAGACGGCCCCAGCUUCUCCUCGUGCUCCUACGACUGCUCGCCGCACGAACGCCUUGAAUGCGGCUUCGCCGCCCGUCACACCAACCUCCACGUCUCAGAGAACGAGACAAGAUAGCACUCUUUUCACCGGCGGAGCUGCGGACACCGCUCUCUUGGCGAGCAUGCAAGCUCGUAUCGAAACGACCUCUGCUCGUUCCCAGCGGCUUCAAGAUCCAGGUCGUGAUCGUGUGCCAUUCGGUGUCAACGAGCGCGACCUGUUCAGACCGCAGGCAGAUGGAGAGGGUGGUGAUGGAGGAAAGAAGAAGUCAAAGAGGAGAAAGAUUGAGUAG